ACAAAAUCAGUUCAAAAUGCUUUUUUUUACUGUUGCUGUUUUGUGCUUUUCAUUAACAUCAAGCUCACCCUUGACAAAUCGCAUCAUUAAUGGCACCCUCGCACCAUUUGUACCAUGGAUAGCAAAUAUUUUAACAGAGUAUAAAUCAGUACCUAUACCAUAUUUUCCACAAGCUUCGUAUAUAUCAAUCGAACGUGACUGCGGAGGCAGUAUAAUUGCUCCUAAUUGGGUUUUAACAGCCAGACAUUGUAUUUUUACUCAUGAAAAUAAACCUUUGUCUGAGGAAUUCCAUGUAAGUGUUGGAAGUAAUAAUUUGUAUAGCGGUCAAGUUAUAAAAGUAAUUGACAUCGUUGUCUUCAAUUCCGACCCUGAAGAUGAUCUUGCUCUUUUGAAAUUGGAAAGUGAUGUAAAGAUCAUCCCAAUCAAAGUACAGUAUGAAGAUAAUUUGCAUUACGAAGGAAGAUUAGCUACAAUUUAUGGAUGGGGCAAAACAGAACUAUUUAAUUCGACAAACCUUUUAAGAAAAACUAAUGUACAACUUAUAGAUCGUGAACAAUGUGGACAGAAAAGAUUUAUUUGUUUUGAUCCUAGCCUUACACAUUCAAACGCUUGUUCUGGAGACAGUGGUGGACCAAUGAUUGUUCAAGAAAACGGAGAAACACGAUUAAUUGGUGUUGCUCAUGCUGUAUACGUCACUAAGGACGGCUCAUGUGCAGAAGGUUUGGGUAAACCUUCGUUGUAUGUUAGUACAGCAUAUUAUGGUUCGUGGAUUCAAAGUGUUAUUGGUUAAUGACUUUAAUGUCACAUUACAUGGAUAUUUUUCGUUUGAAUUUAUUGAAAUAAAUUGAUUUAUUCAAACAUUACAUAAAUAAAUUGUUUCUUAAAAUUAUUUCCGUCCUGUCGCUCUAUUAGCUCAGUUGGUUAAGGCGUAACCAAUUCCGCCCGCGUCAUCUAAAA